AUGCUGAAUAUGGGUGGGCCAUCCACCGUCUCCGAGACACACGACUUCCUCAAAAACCUCUUCUCGGACGCUGACCUCAUCCCGCUGCCAUUCCAGUCCAUCCUUGCGCCAAUCAUCGCCAAGCGACGCACACCGCAGAUCGAGCAGCAGUACACCGACAUCGGCGGGGGCUCUCCCAUCCUGCGCUACACGAACAUUCAGGGCGAGCGCAUGGCCGCACUCCUCGACGAGCUGAGCCCCACGACCGCACCGCACAAGCACUACGUCGCGUUCCGAUACGCGAAACCGCUCACGGAGGAGACGGCGCGGCAGAUGAAGGCAGACGGUGUCAAGCGCGCGGUCGCGUUCACGCAGUACCCGCAGUACAGCUGCAGUACGACGGGCAGCAGUCUGAAUGAGCUGUAUAGGAGGGGCAAGGCAGGCGAGUUUGGGGACGUGGAAUGGAGCGUGAUCGAUCGCUGGGGAAUGCAUCCAGGUUUUGUCGAGGCUGUCGCGCAAAAUAUCGAGCGUGCACUUGCCAAAUUCCCCGAGUCCAAGCGAUCGGAGACGGUGCUAUUGUUCUCCGCACAUUCACUGCCCAUGUCGGUCGUAAACCGCGGGGAUCCGUACGUCUUGGAGGUGUCUGCGUCCGUGUCCGCAGUGAUGGACCGCCUCAAGCACUCGCACCCUUACCGGCUGGUGUGGCAGUCGCAGGUAGGGCCCUCGGCGUGGCUAGGGAUGCAAACCGGCAAGGCACUAGAGGGUCUCGCGAGGCUCGGACAUAAGCAGGUGGUCUUAGUGCCGAUCGCAUUCACGAGUGACCACAUCGAGACCCUGUACGAGCUCGAUCUGGAGUACACAAAAGAAGCACAGGAGCACGGCAUCGAGGUGCACCGGGCGGAAUCGCUGAACGAAUCACCGGUGUUCAUCAGGGCGCUGGCAGACCUCGCUGCUGCACACCUGGCGGACGUGGGGGUAGGACGGGCGGGAUACACGAGCGUGCAGAUGGGGCUACGAUGCCCCGGGUGCACGAACGCUACGUGCGGGCAGCAGAAGGCAUGGUUCGCGCGUGGGGGGCGCUAG